UUACGCACCGCUCGUAAUGGGGAAAAGUGGCCAGAGAAGUGGGAUAGGACGCGCGGGCUGCAGCCGGCCGAGGACGUGCGUGGUGCCGGGGGUCCUGGUUCUCCUGCUGCUCGUGGCCCCAGGAGCCGCCCAAGUGAGAGACGAUGAUGACUUCUUGAGUCUGAGCGAACUCCCGGAGACCUUCCCCUCCGACCCGCCAGAGCCCUUACCUCACUUCCUGUUCGAACCCGAGGAAGGCUACAUUGUCAAGAACAAGCCUGUCAAUCUCUACUGCAAGGCGACGCCCGCCACACAGAUUUACUUCAAGUGCAACAGUGAGUGGGUCCAUCAGAAGGACCACACUGUGGAGGAGCGGGUGGACGAGAACUCAGGUCUGGUGGUAAGAGAAGCCAGUAUAGAAAUAACACGGCAGCAAGUCGAAGAGCUGUUUGGUCCUGAAGAUUUCUGGUGUCAGUGUGUGGCCUGGAGCUCAGCUGGAACCACCAAGAGUCGCAAGGCACAUGUCCGCAUUGCAUACCUGAAGAAGUCUUUUGAACAGGAACCCCUGGGUAAGGAAGUGUCUCUGGAGCAGGAAGUGCUGUUGCAGUGCCGCCCUCCGGAGGGCAUACCGGCUGCCGAGGUGGAGUGGUUGAAGAACGAGGAGAUAAUUGACCCAGCAGAGGACAGAAACUUCUACAUCACCAUCGACCACAACCUGAUCAUCAAACAGGCGCGUCUGUCGGACACGGCCAACUACACGUGUGUGGCUAAGAACAUAGUGGCCAAGAGACGAAGCACAACGGCAACUGUUAUCGUCUAUGUGAAUGGGGGUUGGUCGACGUGGACGGAGUGGUCAGUGUGUAACAGCCGUUGUGGUCGAGGCUUCCAGAAACGGACCAGGAGCUGCACUAACCCCGCCCCUCUCAACGGAGGGCUGCCCUGUGAUGGACAGGCCAUCCAAAAACUGUCCUGCACCACACUGUGCACUGUGGACGGUGUGUGGACAGAAUGGAGUAAGUGGUCAGCCUGUGGGACAGAGUGUACCCAGUGGAGGAGGAGGGAGUGCAACAGCCCAGCCCCUAAAAAUGGAGGAAAGGACUGCGAGGGUCUCCUGCUCCAGUCUCAGAACUGUACCGACGGACUCUGUAUGCAAAGCUCAUUGUUUCAGAAGUCCACUGAGUCCAAAGAAAAGAGUGAUUUGGGAAUCCCAUCUGCUCCGAGUACAGAUGAUGUGGCGCUGUACGUGGGCAUUGUCAUCGCGGUGAUCAUGUGCCUGGUCAUCUCUGUCAUCGUGGCGCUCUUUGUCUACCGCAAGACCCACCGUGACUUUGACUCAGUCAUCAUCGACACCUCAGCGCUCAAUGGAGGCUUCCAGUCCGUCAAUAUCAAAACAGCCCGAUCAGCCGAUCUACUGACAGUUCCUCCCGACUUGACAAAUGCGGCUGCCAUGUAUCGUGGUCCUGUCUAUGCCCUCCACGAUGUUUCUGAUAAAAUCCCAAUGACCAACUCCCCUCUCUUGGACCCGCUACCCAACUUGAAGAUAAAAGUCUACAACUCCUCCGGUCUGGUCACACCUCAGGAUGACCUCGGAGGAGACUUCACAUCCAAACUGUCUCCUAAGGUCACUCACUCUCUGUUGGAUAACAGUGACACCAUGAACCUCCGCAACCAGAGCUUAGCCCGAACACGAGACCCGUCCUGCACAGCACACGGAUCCUUCAACAACCAGGGAGGACACCUCAUCGUACCGAACUCUGGUGUGAGUUUGUUGGUUCCAGCGGGGGCUGUUCCUCAUGGUAGGGUGUACGAGAUGUAUGUGACUGUGCACAGGAAGGACAGCUUGAGACCCCCGGUAGAAGACAUACAGACAGUGCUGAGCCCAGUGGUGAGUUGUGGACCACCAGGAGCCCUGCUGACCCGACCGGUGAUCCUCACCAUCCACCACUGCGCUGACAAUGUCCAGGAAGACUGGCUCAUACAGCUGAAGAAUCAACUGGCGAUGGGAGAAUGGGAGGAUGUAGUUGUGGUGGGAGAGGAAAACUUCACCACCCCCUGCUAUGUGCAGAUGGACUCGGAGGCAUGUCACAUCCUCACAGAGACACUGGGGACUUACUGCCUGGUGGGCCAAUCAAUCAGCAAGGCCGCCGCCAAGAGACUCAAACUGGCGGUUUUUGGACCCGUCUCCUGCACAACGUUGGACUAUCACAUCAGGGUCUAUUGUCUUGACGACACACAGGAUGCACUCAAGGAGGUUCUUCAGAUGGAAACCCAGAUGGGAGGGAAGCUCCUGGACGAGCCAAAGACUCUGAACUUUAAAGACAGCACACACAAUCUGAGACUGUCAAUCCACGACGUGCCACACACACACUGGAAGAGCAAGCUCAUCGCAAAGUAUCAGGAGAUCCCGUUCUACCAGGUGUGGAGUGGCAGUCCGAGAACCCUUCACUGUACCUUCACCCUGGAGAGACUGAGCUCAGCCACCACAGAGAUCAGCUGCAAGCUGUGUGUGCGGCAGGUGGAAGGAGAAGGACAGAUCUUUCAGCUCAGCAACACUUUGGAGGAGGAGGUCCAGUGCAUAGACACGUCCCUGAUGGACCCUGCCAGUAAUAUCACAACCUUAGUGGGGCCUAAUGCCUUCCGCAUUCCUUUGUCCAUCAGACAGAAGCUGUGUGGCAGUCUGGACGCACCACAGACCAGAGGCAAUGACUGGAGGAUGCUGGCCCACAAACUCAACCUAGACAGGUACCUGAACUACUUUGCCACCAAGUCCAGUCCGACAGGUGUGAUCCUGGACCUGUGGGAGGCCCAGCACUUCCCCGAUGGAGACCUUAACGAACUGGCCGCUGUGCUGGAAGAGAUGGGUCGCCAUGACAGUAGCCUCGCCUCCAUGACAAUGGAAUAUUGACAAAGCAAAGUGGUUGCCAAGACAGUGACAGAACUCUGAAGACGAUUGCGUGUGCAUUAUCUACGGUUGAUGCCGCAGCAAGGGCAAUGAAAGACUUUGACACGAGCAAAAGAAAAGUUGUUGCCAUGGUGAUUGAGCACCGGUUAAAUACCAGGGUAAUCAUGCCCACAUGGUAACACACAGUACGGGGUGGGGGGCGGGGGUUGGGGGGUUGAGCUGCUGCUGGAACUGUGUGCGUAUCUGUACGUGUGUGUUUGUGCCAUGUCGCAGUGUCAUGUGUGACCGAAGGAGAGAUAUGCCGACCUAUCACACACACCGAGUCUAUCAGGAACAAACAAAACAUACACACGCCUACAAAAAUAGACCUUGUCUAGUGUAAAACCAGUUGUUCUCUUGCUGUUACUUUAUACUGAACAAAGACGAGCGGAGAAAAGAAACGAAGCAACCGAGGCACUGACCCUGAAAACCUCUACAGGAAUGAACCAGAAUCAUUAAGGGAGAGAAGCUAAACUGAUUACAGAAGAUUGGGAAAAAGGUAGAUUGCGAAGAGAGAAAGAGAGAGAGGGUGAGAUAGAGACUCUUUAUUAAGAUGAGAGUAAACACAGAGAGAAGCUAAACUGAUUACAAAAGGACAGGACGACGCAAACAUGGAAUGAUGGAAGAAGCGGCAGGUGAUCAUCUGAAAGAACAGGAUGGAAAACAGAUAAUGAGAGAGGGAAGCUGAAGACGUGAUCUUUCUCAUCUCUUGUGAGCCUCGGCUGUACGUGCUUGCCAGUACAGUUGGUUGUCCUUAUAUCGUUUCCUAGGGAACGCUCUAUGUAUUCUGCUGUCCAUAUGUGUGGAUCAUUACCCGCUAACAGAAUUCGCUAUACACAGUGACCGUCAGCCGAGGGUCCUGACCAGAAACAAGCCAGAGACAACAGCUCUAUUCAUUUGACUGACUAGCAUCACCAGUGAUGUUUAAAUUAGAUCUGGAGUUGAAUUUGAAGUUUGUGAAUUUUUCCGCCCCCAAAAACAUUAGUAUGUUUGAAGUAUUUGUUUAAUCACCGAGGUCAAAGGAGAUCGAGCCGAAAGGCAACUCAACUUGCUGUUAACUUCGGCAAAGUAUUUACUUAAAACUUAAGGCUAGUCCAAAGAUGAUAAGGGAUGACAGAUGCAAGUAAACAUGUAUGUGGUGUUUACCAUUUUAGUCAUGCAUAUUUGUGAUGCAUUUGUUAAAUUGUCUGUUUUGAGGUAUAUUUAAAAUUACACUUAUGAUGAACAGAUUAAAAAGACAAAGCUGCAGUGUCAGCUAAUUAUGUAUAUAUAUAUAUAUAUAUAUAUAUAUAUAUAUAUAUAUAUAUAUAUAUAUAUAUAUACAGUGUACUACAGCACAGUGUACAGUAAACAAAAGCGUUUUGUUUUAAAGGACUAAGCAUUGACUCAUUUCAUAUUUUUUUCUCCCCUGAACAAAAUUUCCCGCACUUUUUGGAGGGUAACCACAAGAAUAAGAAAGCUGCAAUCUGCAAUUGAAUUUCAUAAUGAAAUAGUGCUAACACGCUAUCUGCAGCAAUGCUGCCGCUCAGCUCGCCCCUAAGGAUGAGUUGUUUGCUGAUGCAGGUCGGGGCUUUCCAGCCAUCGCUACCACAUUGGUUUGACCUCAGAUCCGGGAGUCUCUGUGACGAGACUGUUGGGGCUUGUUUCUGUACAGGGUCCAACUCGGAGAAAAGGGAGGAGAAGCAAAUAAGGGAUGAAGUAGAGAGUAUGUUUCUAGAUACAGUAAUAUACAAAGUACCAUGGUAUUACGCGGAUUGGAAUUAAAUACAGCUAUUAUCAUCCAUUACUGCUUAAUGUACCCAAGUAUACUGAUUUUAUCAUAUUUUAAUUUACUACAAUACAUAUAACCUACGUAUAUACAUAUAUUUCGUUCAUAUUUUCCAUGUCCUGGCAUCACAGGACGUCAGUCGUUGUCUGUCAUCAGGCCACCAUGACUUUGCUGGUCACUAGCUCCACCCAGUGGCCUUUGAAGAAUAACAAGCAUUUACAUUGUUUUGAUCGUCUGAUAUGUGUAAAUACAUGAUUAUCAUGUUCAUCCUAAUGACCUUGUAUCACCAUAAUAUUUUUUGUUCAGUGAUCAUUUUUGUGUCAUUUACAUUUACUAUUCUUUUGUCAUUUUAAUGUUGUUGUUUUUUUGUUUUUUUACAUAGAUGUGAACUGUGUGGGGGGGAAAUCUGUAACAUAUCAGUUAGUUGCCCUUUUUCCUCAAUGUUCUGUCAGCAACUAACAUUCCAACUCAUUGUGUAUUUGUUGAAUAGGUUUUAAUGUAGAGCUAAAAAUCAAGGUAACAACCAAGGGAAGCCUAUGUAAAUUGAAGUGUAAUAUAUUUGUGUAUUGCAGAACAACGUUGUGAUUCAAGGCUGGCACUCACUGACCCCGGACAAUAAUGUCGGAUGAAAAGGUGCAACUGCAGCGCGAGAGAUUUGCUAAAAGAAAAACAGCCUUAUUUUUAGUGGCUUUUGAAUCAUUGUCUGAUAACCCUGGAGACGUGAACUCUAUUCACCACGUAAAGGACAGCAGGAACAUUCCGUUCCAAGGAAACGCAUGUUCAAGAAAGGGAGUUUAGAUGUUUCUGCUCCGAACUAUGGAGAGACGCCAUAUGAAACUGAACAUCAGGUAUGUAGAGGAGAUCGUGAGGAGGAUCUUGUGAAGAAAACCAAGUAGGCAGAGGCUCCAUUAACACUGGUGCAAAAGGUCAGAUCUUUACCUGGUUAUGACAGAUUUCAUCUGUCCACACCGGAGGGAACCAUGAUGCAUUGAUUUUUCACAUUGAUUUUGUUUCCUCCUUUGUGUAGUCGCUCAGAACCAGUGAAGAGUCAGACCUCUUGUGUCAGCGUUGGACCAGACGUAGUGCACGCGGAGUCCUGGAAAUCUGUGUGUUUGAUUUACGGACAGCCUUAUGAACCAAAUUAGAAAAGGUGGACAGUUAAAUGACAGAGUGGAUGUUUUGUAUGUUUUCAAAUGUGACUGCUGAUGUCAGAUGUGAGGAAAUCAAAGGGAAGAGUUGUGUGUGUUUUAUGAGGAUAAAAGCCUAGAACAUCAACUCAAAGCAAAACAUGAACCCAAAGGUAAUGACAAGGUCUCGUCCAUGCAAUGUGAUCAUCGGCAUCUCUGAUCAACCCGGAGGCAGGAGUCACUGUCAUGAGAUCACAUUUUUAACUGUUCAAGGGAACAACCGGUUAAGAGAAGUUCGAUCUGAUUUGACCUUUGCCAUGUUGAACGAGUUUCCACAUGAGGAGAGGACAUGUAGGCCUCCAGAAGGUGACCCUUCAUGAUGUGAAAAAGAAGAGAGUAAUGUUAAGAUAUCAAAGUAUGUAAAAAAAAAAAAAAUAUUUUCUAUCCACGGUAUGUACAGUUGUGUACUGUCAGCUAUAUUUGGCAAAUUUCAGAAUAUAAAAAAGAGCAGUACAGUUAGAGCCUAGUUUGUAUGUUCCGAGUUUUUUAAUUUAAGUUCCUUUCCCUUUUUGUAAAAGCAGUGUCUACUAUGCAAACUUGGCAUUGGUUAUCAUGAUAGAAGUCUAUAACUAGAGCUGUUCUUGUAAGUGCAUUUUUAUUUUACUAUCAGGAGUGAUUUGAUUUGAUUAGUGUGGGGUAGUGUUUGGUCCAUUUUUGCUAAUUCUGGCACGCUUCAUGAAUCUUGCUCAGUCUUGCUGAAUGCUUGCCUCUAUCUCCUCUAAUUGUUUUCUGUACAAAGUGUAAGAAAGAAUUUUUAAAACAAUUAAUAAAUUAUAUUUAUAAGCAAUGCUGAAA